GCGGUAGCCUACGUUCUUAUUGUACAUUUUCCAUUUAGCGGACCUGAGAAGAUAACCUGUAUGUGAUGUUUGGUGCUGCUGUGCCGACAUCCAUACUUAUUAAGUUAUUAAGUCUCUUUGUUGAUUCUUACUGGGGGGAUUUAUUGAACAGUUUUACUUACUCAUUGACACUGCAAAAGAGGAGGGAACCAUGAACAGUCCGGUAGAAACAGAGGACGACCAAUACAGUCCAAUACAUCACACUGGGCUCGGAAUAUGUUGCCUCCUCAGUCCCAAACAGCACCACGAUGGGCCUGGUCUGGAGAGCCCACAGCAGUACACCAAAUGGCUCCCCAGCCGCCACGAGGCCAGCCUGCUGCCCAUGAGAGAGGACCUGGCUCUCUGGCUCAACAUAUUUCUAGACUCUGGGGUCACGGCUGACAGCCUGAUGGACAGGCUGGAUAAUGGGGUUCUGCUGUGCCAGCUGGCCGAGGAGCUACAGGAGAGGAUGAUCCAAGCCAGCAAUGGCAAGCCCUUCGUCCGCAGGGGGAUUAAUUGGCGAGCUGAUGCUGCUUCUGGCUCUUUCUUUGCCCGGGACAACGCUGCCAACUUCCUCUACUGGUGUCGGAAGAUUGGUGUGGAUGAGACUUACCUGUUUGAGUCUGAAGGUUUGGUGCUCCACAAACAGCCUCGGGAGGUGUGUCUCUGUCUUAUGGAGCUGGGAAGGAUUUCAGCCAGGUAUGGUGUGGAGCCCCCAGGGUUGGUGAAGCUGGAGAGAGAGAUAGAGAGGGAGGAGGGAGGGUCUCUCACCCCAUCGUCACCUCUGGCCUUCCCCUCACCCACAACUCUUCCCUUGAUCUUACCGCUGCUCCGUGCACCUACACCCCCUGCUUCUGUAACCCCACCUCCCAGUCCAAGCCCACCCCCUUCCCCAGCCCCAAUAGACCCUACACCUGCAACUUCCAUCUCAUCCUCGUCAACCACCACUAGCACAACUUCCACUCAAACCUCAUCUGUUAUCACUGUCACAACCUCCACUCAGACACCUCCCACAACACCAACCACAGAUCCUAUCUCAGCCCUGAGCCUUAUAGAGACCCCGGUCUCCCCAUCUCCACCACUGCCGUCACCUCCAACCCAAACCUCACCCUCCCCCUCACCUAAGUCCAAGGCGCGUUGUCCAAGCAAAUCAUCUGCUAAGAAGACUCCAAGCACAUGCAACAUGUUGGAUGACAUUGUGAGAAACAUUAUCAGGGACACGCCAUGCAGCUGCCCCACUAAGUUCCCUGUGGAGAAGCAUCCUAAAGGAUGCUACCGUGUCGGGGAGAAGAUCCUCUAUGUACGAAUGCUGAAUGAGCGUCAUGUGAUGGUGCGCAUCGGGGGAGGCUGGGAGACCUUGGGAUGUUACCUGCUGAAGCAUGACCCCUGCCGGAGUCCACCGGUCACCCCGGUCAGGACCUGUUGGGCCAAAGGGAAGUCCCCCAACAUGAAGGACCUCUUACCACUGUCACCAGACAGCUACAUGGUGGUGGGGGCACACUCCAGUGCCAAGAAAUAAAACAGGAAUCUGUUCAACCAUAAUAGAUAACUGACACCACAACCUAGCAAUGAAGCUUCCUGUUUAUGCUGAGCAUAUGAUGUUUUUUUUCUGGGGAUUUAUUUGAAUGAAAGCUAUUGCCUAGUGACCAGCGGGGUGUGGGUGUGUGUGUAUGUGUGUGUAGAUUUAUCUUUGGUGAAGUUGGGUUUAGUGGUUCACAUGUAUGUAGAAAGGUAUAUUUUAUCAUCUAAAGGAAUUCAACAAAAUACCUGGUAUGGUGUUAUUUUGGGGCAGCAGGUAGCCUAGUGGUUAGAGCGUUCGGACAGUAACCGAAAAGUUGCUAGAUUGAAUCCCUGAGCUGACAAGCUAAACAUCUGUCGUUCUGCCUGAACAAGGCAGUUAUUAAUGACCCACUGUUCCUAGGCCGUCAUUGUAAAUAAGAAUUUGUUCUUAACUGACUUGCCUAGUUAAAUAAAAAAAUUUAAAAAAUGUAAGAUUAGUUUGAAAAAGUGAUCUUACCUGUAAAAAUCAAUCCUGUAGUCUUUAAAAGAGUUGAUUCAGAAUGGCUAGUAUAGCUGAGAGGUAAUGGCAUUCAGAAUUGUAUUUUACUACAUUGGAUAAGGGCUCAUCUGAAGACUAUCCAGUCAUUUCUCUAUAAGAAUUGGUUUAUUGUAUUAUAAAAUAUUUUUGUUAGAACCCUGAGAGAAGACGAUAUAGGGAUCAGUUAUGAAAUGUUUAUUUUUCAUUAUUUUAUGUAUAUUUUGGAAUGUACUCUGAUUGAAUAUCAUGUAAUGACAUCACAUGGGCAUGAAAAAGGGCACAAAUGUGAACUAUCAAUUUAUCUGUAGUCAGAUGUUCGAUGGUUAGCUAUUACCUUGCAGCCUUGACUCUUUCUCAGUUGCUGGAAUUAACACGACUGAGGACACAGACAGAAAAUACACAACUUUCCUCUAGGUGGCACUGUGUCAUAAGCAAUAGAUGGUACAAGUAACACUUAGCCCAGGGUUUCUUAGCCUCUAUGGCUGAAUUUAGACAUGCACCACAAUUAUGAUAGUUUUUUUGACCAAUCAAAUCAGCCUUAAGAUGAUCUAAUUUGAAAAGACCUGUGAUUGGUCAAAAGACCUUUUGGUGGAAAAGAAGAUCAGAAUUGGGCUGCCUGUCUAAAUGCAGCCUAAUAUUAUUACAGGGAAUUCAUCCACUGAGGUCCACUUAAAGUAAGUCUAGCAUUUGGACUAAAUCAGUCAGCUCACUAACUGACAGAUGUCGGCAACAUCCGUGUGAUUGUUUUUAAAACCUCAUAAAUGCUGUAUUUAGUUUGGAGAAUGAAUAUGUGCUACAUACUGAUGAAAGACAAACUGAGAUGGAUGAUGGUGCUUUUUUUAUUGUCAAAUCAUGGCAUUCAUGUAAUUCCUCUGAAAAAUGUGCCACAUGUCCAACCAAACCUUUACUGCAGUGGUUGCAAGAACCAUAAUAGCCUAUUUGAUUAUACUCUCUAUGAGUGUGAAAUAGUGUACAUGUAAGCCCAGAUGGGCAGUACACAGGAAGAGGUUUACCUAAGCUCAGUGUUUUUCUGUUGUGACAUAAGAUGACAUAGACAUCUAAAAUACAUGAAAUAUACAGACACAUUUGACUUCAGAAUAGUAUAUGAAUUACAUUUUAUUUCAGUAAAAUAAAUUAGAUUUAAAAAAUGGACACAAGUUUGAAUACAUUAAAAGAAAUGAACCAUAAUGAUCUCAUGCGAGACUACAAUGUCUUUUGAUCGUCUUUCUCCAUCCUCGUGGAUUGAACCAGUAUAAAUGACAUGUAGAAAAUCAUAGCAGUGCUACUUAAAGAGGUGCCACUUGAAAUUGUGGCAUUUGUACACAGUGUCCCACAUUGCUCACACUGAACACUUUCCAGUUCCUCAUGAAACACUAGAAGUCCCAAUAAGAGAACUAUUUUGCAGUCACUUUUGCAUACAAGUUGUAUAUUGUGCUUACCCCUUCUCUCAUUAUUUUUUACAUGGCCAUUUGACCACUUUUUCAGAAAUCUUGCUCUGCUAUCCAUAUUUUUCUCUAUCAACCGGAUUAGCAACAAAACCUUUAUCAUUAUUCAAACAACGCAAUUGCAAUACUUGUAUUGUUUAUUGUAGCAAUUAUCCAUGCAUUCAAUACCAUUGGCCAAUUUAGAGAUCUAAGGGACAAAACCUGUACAUGUGUGUUGAUAUAAACUGGAGGAGAAGACUGUGGAUGAGCUCAGAAUGGCAGCAGAACACCACCAAUAUCCACAGCUCUUUUACAAGUCUGAGGUGGUGCUACAUGUAGUAACAAUGUUUGUAUGUUUCACUUUGUAGUCACUUUGAGGCAAUGUUUUUUUAUCUACAGUCAAACACUAAUUCACUGGAAAGGUUAUAGCUCAUCACCUCACCUCAUAACACUGCUGAAAAAGUGUCACAAUGAGUGUGCUUUUUUAAAACAUAGGUAACAAAACGGUGUUCCUUGAGUACUCUGUACUCACAAAAUACAUCAAUUCCAUCUUACCUGUAAUUCCAUCUUAAUUAAUGUGUAGUGCUAGCCUCCGAAGCCUGUCUGAACCCAGACCUGCCACAAAUAACAUGGCCUGAGUUUCAUCCCAGACCCUUUAUGUAAUACACAAGUGUGCUUGUAUCAUUAUUACACCUCUCAAGUCCUGCAAGAACUGGGUACUUACAGAGUACAUUAAUCAAAUGUUACCCAAAUGAGGGCCUUUUGACCUCUCCUGAUCUCUAUGAAUUGCGAAGGGGACUCAGAAAACUGCAAAGGGCCAGUAUGCCUGGGGCAAAAGUGGCACUGAAAUUAGAAAUGGUGAGCUCCCUCAAUUCAUUCGGCCCACUUGCAGGAAAGUGUUCGACUCAAAAGGGAUCCUUCAUACUAAAGUGAUGCAGUUGAUGCUUUAACAGGACAUCAUGUUGUCUGCAUACAAGCUGCCACAUUAUUGGUCUUGUCUCCAAGAGACCUGAGCUGAUUCCUAGUUUCCCCCUACUGAGGAAGAAUACAGAGAACAGCUAUGUGCAUCAAACGUGAGGAGAAAAGGAUUGAUAGACAGGAAAAAACAACAUACCAGUGGUGUUACUGAUGUAAACAUGACAUUGACUUUUCACAGCCCUACUGCUCUCUCAAUGUAAAUCUCAACAUGACCCAUUUUCACUGACAGAAGAAUAUUAACAGAAAUGUUGUGUUGAAUAAGACAUGGAUUCAAUGAUAAACUUUAACAGAAGCUUUGGGAAUCAAUGCUGUGCAAAUACCUGCAUUUUGCAGCAAUUCACACAAAACAAAUCACUCAAUGCAUUGAUACUUGCUACAAUGUGUUGUGCUAUGUGAAGGUUUUUGUGACAGAAUACAUUAAAUGCAAGUUCAACACUGGUAUCUGCAGUUCAAUUCCUGCCAAAUCCAAGACGGCAGGUAUUGUCACUUAUAACUGUAAAUUACCGUCUGUCAUUGUUUCUAAGUUUGAAUGUGUUACCAGAAGGUUACAUUUUUAUUAAUUGAACCACAUCCUUCAACAUACAAUAUUGACUGAUCCUUAAAGGUCCAAUGCAGACGUUUUUAUUUCAAUAUCAAAUCAUUUCUGGGUAAUAAUCAAGUACCUUACUGUGAUUGUUUUCAAUUAAAACAUCUUCAAACAGCUCUUACGCUAAAAUGGCAUUGUCAGUAUUAUUCCAACCUCAUAGUGUGGAAAUAUAUAUAAAACACAGACAAAUCACAUGUUUGACUGCACUGGACCUUUAACUGCCUCUGCUACUCUCAAACAGUACUUAAUGUGCCUUGCAAUCACUCUUAUUCUUCUAAUCAUGAAGCAUACAAUUUAUUCCAGCAAACAACAUCACUGAAGACCCAAAUUGCCAUUGUUACCUCGAAACAAACAGAAACAUUUUUUCUUAUUCAAGAGUUACUUUAUACAAACAAUGACCUGAAUCUACGUAGAGAUGCAUUUGUACAUACUGAAUCAUAGAAGCGUUGAAAGAUUUGCUCUUCAAAAUUGUAUCUUGCUGUUCCACCCCUGCCAUUUCCAGUUUGUGCUCUUGGUCCUCUGCUGCAUGAAGCAGGUUUUAGGCUUAAACUGUAAAGUCCUUCCUAGGGAUAAUGCUUGACAUCAGUCAGCUGAUUCAAAACAAUGGACAGUUUAUGCCAGCAUAAUUUUUUGUUGCGAACAAUAACAAACACAGUACAGACCACCCGACUAAAAGAGGAAUGAUGACAGGAUGC